CCUCCUUUUUGCAUGCAAGAGCGUGAGUUUUUUGUUUUUUUUAAUACACAUUAAAAACUUGAGUAAGGGUAAUACCUGUUUGAAUUCAAAAGGGAAAUUAAUAUUUACUGAGGCUGUGUCCCAAUUCAGCGGCCGCGAAAAGUCUGUCCCAUUUCGGAGACUCCUACAAAUGCGUCCUUUUCCCGGCUUUGGAGGAUAUAACUGAUGGAUCCUCCACGGCUGCACGUAUCCCAAGAUUCAUUGCGCGCCGGUGACGAGUUAUUUUCUGAUUAAACAUGGCGUCCCUCGACCCAGAGGCGGCGAGUUGUAAAUGUAAGUAUUGGGUUUCGACUCAUUUGAAUAGCUAACAAUACAAAUGUUAAAAAAACCAAGGAACCUUAAAACAUCACAUUUUCGCUAAAGCGAUUGGUUAAGUUACGGGACGUUAGUGGUGAUGCUAGCUAAGCUAGCUGCUUGGAGCUGCUGUAAUAUGCAGCUUGACUGUCGGCAUCCGACUUCAGUUACAGCCUUUUGAUAGUAAAACUUUUAACAACUUUAAUUUCAAACCGAAAAGUUUCAAAUGUUGAUUUAUAUUUUACAUAGAUUUUGGCGAUUGUAUAGAUAAGUUAUGCGUCAUAAUACGUACACAAAUGGAUUAUGGUGAACACAUUUAGACCGGUUCAACCCUGCUUGUUUUUCAGACAGUUGAAUAUCACUUGAAAAGUCCAGUGCAAUCGUUGGGAUUGAUUAUACAUAUUAUAUUAUUUAGAAUAUGUGUACUUAAUUUGCUACUUAGUCUGCUUUUGUUUAGUGCUGUAUAGCCGAAUUACUCUACAGUUUUGUUUUAGGGAGCAAAGAGCAUACAGCGGCAGAAUGAAAGCCUCUUCACUUGGGCAAAUUGUUCUGCCAGCACACCAUGGAAGACCAUUUUGGAGAAAAUGGGUCUGCAGGGGAAGGCCACUCCCCUGCAAGCAAAACAAAAAUGGGACAAUAUAAAAAAGUUAUACGAAAAUUGCAAGUAUCCAGGGUCAGGAGAGAACGCUGCAACUUGGCCGUGGUUUGUCCUCAUGGAUGAGGUGUUGGGACAGAGGCAUUCAACCCUGUCCUAAUUGCCUCCAUCCCUGAGGACACACCAGGGCCAAGUACAGCAGUGGGUGAGCAGGAGGAGGAGGAGGAGGAAAAGGAAGAAGAAAGACAACCAGGGCCAGUUAGGAGAAAGAGAAAGAAGAAAGAUGAGCUGCUGGAGUUAUUAAAGGUGGACAUGAGGUGGAGGAGAGGAGAGCACAGGAGACCAGGGAGAUGAUUGACAGGCUCUUCUCUCUGCUGGAGAAACUUGUGGAUGAAAAAAUCUGAAUGCUACAGAUGCUCGUGUAGCAUGCAGGGAAGGAUGGACCAAACGUAUCCUCGCAUCUAUGUGGAAAGAACUCUGGCCCUUAUUAAACCAGAUGCCAUCCACAAAGCUAAGGAGAUUGAGGACAUUAUCCUCAAAGCGGGCUUUAUUAUCUUGCAGAAACGGAAGCUGCAGCUAAGUCCAGAGCAAUGCAGUGACUUCUACGCAGACCAAUAUGGAAAGCUCUUCUUUCCCAGCUUGACUGCCUUCAUGAGCUCUUGCCCCAUCGUGGUCAUGAUUUUGGCCCGUGACAACGCCAUCGCCCACUGGAAGUCCAUUAUAGGACCUGUCAACAGCAUCAAGACCAGAGAAACUCAUCCAGGGUGCCUUAGAGCAAAAUAUGGCACUUCUGACCUCAAAAAUGCACUCCAUGGCAGCGAGUCAUUUCAUGCAGCUGAAAGAGAGAUCAAAUUCAUGUUUCCAAACUCUGUAAUCGAGCCUUUUCCCUCAAGAGAAGCCACAGAAGAAUACCUGAGCAGGUCUGUAAACCCAACUCUGCUACAUGGACUGACUGAGCUCUGCAAGAACAAGCCACUCAACCCCUGUAUUUGGCUUGCUGACUGGCUGAUCAACAACAAUCCAAACAAGCCUCAAAUUUGUGAUGGAGCCAUUGUUGAAGCAGAAUGACAACAGG